AUGGGAGGAAUAUCCACCAAAAUAGCGUUUGAAGUGUGUGUGGUGACAGGAGACUACAGCGGCGAUGAAUUAGGUCCCGGAGUUAACAUGGUCAUGUUUGAUCACUGUGGUAAUCAGUCACCAACAAUUACUUUGGAUAAUAUAUUUCAAAAUGAUACUGACUAUACACAAGCGAAAUUCACCAUUGAUUUACAGGCCUGGAGUCGACUUAAAGUGUUUAAACGACUACACCAUAUCGAAUUUUGGUGUACUACUCAGUCUUAUCCACCACCUGCUUGGUUUUUAGAUAGAGUGAUUAUUAGGGAUAGAAGAUUUGGGAUGACUGCUGAAUGGAAAUAUUUUUUCUUUCCUGUACAUCAGUGGAUUAGUCAAGACCACCAAUAUGUUGUUCAUGACUGUGAGGCCUGGAUUCCUCAAUUGGAACCCUUUCCAGAGUUAAGAGAAGAGGAAGUUAGUAGACGUAUGCAAUUUUUUACUUUAUUUCAACGCUCAAAGGGUUUGCCAGUCGAAUUACAAGAAAUCCCACCUUCGGAGUUGUUUUCAUCAGACUCUCGAUGGGAUAUUGAGCCUUUAGUUCUGGAAGUUAUUGAACGUACUAGUCUGGCUGAAGAAUACACAAGUGAAGAGUCUUGGGAUUCUCUCGACACAUUGGGAAACUUCUAUAAGAAAUAUAAUAUUACUGAACCUGUGAGUUUACAGUUUUGGAUGAUGAAUGAUAUUUGCUUUGGUGCACAACGUAUUCGUGGAUGUAAUCCAUUCACUAUUCAAGUCUGUCGUACAUUACCAAAAAGUUUUGAAAUGGUAGCAAAUUCACUGAAACCUCAUUUAGAAGGUUGGACACUACGUCAAAUGGUAUCAGCUAAUCGUUUGUACUUACUUGAUUUUCAUAUAAUGCAAGGACUUAGUUGUAAACGUGGUCGAGAAUUAUGUGCACCAUUAGCUAUCUUUUUUUAUACUGAAAAGAGACAAUUAAAGCCAAUUGCGAUUCAAUUGAAUCGUAAUUCAAAUGAUGGAAGUGGGAUCAUUCUUCCAACUGAUCCAACUUCAAUAUGGUUACAAGCAAAAUUAUGGGUUAAUCUUGCUGAUGCCUGUCAUCAUAUGAUUGUUGGUCGAUUGUUAACUCAUUUAAUAUUGGAAUCAAUCUAUGUGUCAUUGCGACGUAAUGUAUCACAAUCACAUCCAAUAUAUCAUUUAGUUGCACCACAUUUCCGCAGUAUCCUACCUGUAACAAAGAAAUUAAAAGAGUGGACAUUUGAAAAUGGAUGGAUAUCUCGUAAUAUUCAAUUGUCACGUAAAGGAAUUAAACAGUUAUUAAGACGAGCUUUUAAAAAAUGGCGUUUUGAUGUAAAUGCAAAUAUUUAUCGUGAACUAGAGUCAAGAGGAGUAUUUGAUCCAAAUAGUUUAGGUAAUUAUCCAUAUCGUGAAGAUGCUAUACUUGUAUAUCAUGCAUUGGAACAGUUUAUCUCAAGCUACGUUCGUUUAUUUUACCCUGGUGGGACUGAACAAAUCAUACAUGAUAAUGAACUACAGUCUUGGAGACAUGAAAUUGCUAGUCCAAUGGAAGAAGGUGGUCUAGGCCUAGUCGGUGUCCCUGGUAGUACGAUAAAACUUCGUACGAAUUUUGGACCAGAAGAUUAUCUACAAGAUAAUGUUACAGAAGAAAUAUUUGGUUUAAAUACGGUUGAAGAAGUGGCCAAAUUUCUAAUGGGAAUUCUUUAUCUUGGUAUUAUUGUUACUGGUUCAGCGCUUCGAUUGCCAAUGUUUGAUGAGUAUGGCUUUCCAGCACAAUAUCCGUUAAGUCUAUUUGGUUCUCCUCCUUUAGAUAGAACUACAUUUUCCGAUGGUACUUUUAAUGGUGCACAUGGCAGUGUGUUUAGCUUUUCAAAUGUACAAGGUCUUGAUCGUGUAUUGGCUUCACUGCCCAAUCGUCAAAUGACAGUAGAAACUGUUCUCUACACUAGAUUGGCUAGUCGAGUUCAACAAUCUGUUUUAGGUCAAUUUGAAUCGGAUUUCAUAUUUAAAAAGAAAGCAGUUGUUCUAUUAGAUCAAUUUCGCCAUGACUUGGAAGAUGUGGCUAGACAGAUCGAUAUAAAUAACAGUGCUCGUGAUAUGCAUCAUCAGUAUCGAGCUUUAGAUCCUUCACUAAUGCCUAAUUAUCCAGGAAUUUGA